AGUACAUUACUGCUUUCAUAGGGAAUAGGUCACCACAUUACUUAUACUGAACUUCCAGGUGGGUCUUAAAUAUUCCAAGUUGUUGUUUCAUUAAAGAACUUCCUGAAAGAUGUCAGAUCUUGCUAAUCUCACACAGACCAUGGAAGAUGCCUUUAAGAAGGUCUUUACCAACUACAUGAACAGCUGGCACAUGAAUGAAACAAAGGCAGAGAAGGUCUUGAGCGACAGACUUGCAGCAGAGAAUUUCAACAACGUUGUCUGGUACCUGAUGGUCAUGAUUGGCAUGUUUUCCUUCAUCAUUGUGGCGAUCCUGGUGAGCACGGUGAAAUCCAAACGGAGGGAGCAUUCCGACGACCCUUACCACAGGUACAUUGAGGAGGACUGGACUGCCAAGCUGAAGAAUCAGAUCUUAAUCAUGGAAAACCCAAUGGCGAACUGAGAGCUCUGAGAAUCAAUAAUACAAAAUAAAGAUUGAAAUGUAUUGUUAAAACAAAAAAAAACACUAUGUGGUAUUGUAUAUUUCUGCAGAACCCAAGAAUUACAAACCUGCUGUACAACAAACUGUACUGUAAUGGAGAGGGCAUGCAGUAUUUAUACAAUAUCUCUGUCUUCGACGACUCUUAUCCUUGCCAAACAUGACAAAGGUGGCCUAGUGUAAAUCAUAAAGAUAAUGUGCUUAAUUUAAUUGAUCUACACAGUGCUGGAUCUAAAUACAGACACUGCAAUCAUUAAAAUGUGUGUAUCAAGGUUUUGAAAUUCAGACAUCUUAACAGUGCAAGUUAGAUAUUUCUGCUCCUUUGAUUGACUAGGCUCCUUUUUCUGGGGACGUCCAAUGUGUUUUCAUUCUCUGCAAACGUAAAUACAACUCCUAAUGAUUCAGAUUGAAAAUUCAGCAAGGACUCCCAUUAUACUCUGUCUGGAACAUUUCAAUGUGGUGAUAAUAUGCAGAGCGGGACUUUAACAUUAAGCACGUUUCACUGUAUCUACAUAGAUUGCAACCUUGAAGUAUAUAUUGCAGCUUAACAAUAAAUGUCUUAGCAGUAGAUUAGAACAUGUCAUUGCAUGUAAGGAGAACAUGACCUUCACUGUGUUGUCCUUUCCAAAUUUAACGCUGAAAUCAAUAAUGUUUACAUAUACCAAGUAAAUUCUUACAGAUAAUGCUUUAUUGCUUCAUCUGAUGCAGACAGUGCAAACACCAAGCUGGCCUAAUGUUUGUUCUUCAUUUCAAACUGUGAUCUUGCAUGAGCCCAAUGUCUGGUUUCAUAAUAAAAUACAUUUCCCAA